AUGAAGUAUAGUAAGAGCUUUCACCAUCACCAUAAUAGUUCAGGAGUGUCGAGCUCCAACUGGUCAACAAUGGCCAGGAAGAGAAGCACAAGACUCACCUUGUUCUUCUUCCUCCUCCUCCUCUCUCUCAUAGCCUUCGGGGUCUUUGUCCCUGUCUUUGCUCUUCUACCUUCUCUUUCCCAAUCUCAAAAUGACCAGCAGCACCAUCCAACAACCAAAAGUAGUCCAGAUUAUGUCAGAAAGUUUGAAAUUUCAGAAGACAGGUUCUGGAAAGAUGGUCAGCCUUUCCAGAUCAUUGGGGGUGACUUGCAUUAUUUUCGGGUUCUUCCUGAGUACUGGGAAGAUAGGCUGUUGAGAGCAAAGGCGCUGGGAUUAAAUACUAUUCAAACUUAUGUACCCUGGAACCUGCAUGAACCAAGAGCUGGUACUUCGAAUUUUGCGGGUAUUGCAGAUUUAGUGUCAUUUCUCGAACUCUGCCAGAAGCUUGGGUUUGCUGUUAUGCUUAGACCUGGGCCAUAUAUAUGUGGAGAGUGGGAUUUGGGUGGUUUCCCUGCUUGGUUACUUGCCAUCAAGCCAGCUCUCACACUAAGAUCAUCUGACCCAGCUUUCCUUCAAUUGGUUGAAAGAUGGUGGGGAAGCCUACUUCCAAAGAUAGCUCCUCUUCUUUAUGGAAAUGGUGGUCCAAUUAUAAUGGUUCAGAUUGAAAAUGAGUAUGGUUCAUAUGCAAGUGACAAAGCUUAUCUUCAUCACUUGGUCUCACUGGCUAGAAAGCACCUUGGGGAUGAAGUAAUUUUGUAUACUACAGAUGGAGGUUCUAGGGAAACUCUGGAGAAAGGAACAAUUCGUGGAGAUGCUGUCUUUUCUGCUGUUGACUUCACUACUGGUGAUAAUCCUUGGCCUAUAUUUGAGUUACAAAAAGAGUUCAAUGCCGCAGGGAAAUCACCGCCACUUUCUUCGGAGUUUUACACAGGUUGGCUAACACACUGGGGGGAGCAGAAUGCGCAAACUGACGCUGAUUUUACAGCAGCUUCCUUAAAAAGAAUUUUAGAAAGAAAUGGUUCUGCAGUGCUUUAUAUGGCACAUGGAGGAACAAACUUUGGAUUUUAUAAUGGAGCAAACACUGGUUCAGAUGAGUCUGAUUACAAGCCUGAUCUCACUUCCUAUGAUUAUGAUGCACCAAUUAGGGAGUCUGGGGAUGUGAGCAAUGCAAAAUUCAAAGCACUUAGGAAGGUUAUAGAGCAAUACAGUUCAGAAUCUCUCCCUCCAAUUCCAUCCGAUAUUGAAAAGAAAACAUACGGAUCUAUUCACGUAUCAAAAACCGGGAAUUUGUUUGAUAUGAUUCAUGAUUUUGAUGUGGUUGAAUCUGAAAACCCAAUAACAAUGGAGUCGGUAGGCCAGAUGUCUGGAUUUUUGUUAUAUGUAACUGAAUAUGCUGCAAAGGACUAUGGUGGUGGAAACAUUGUAUCCAUACCAAAGGUGCAUGACAGAGCUCAAGUUUUUAUAUCAUGUCCUUCUCAAGAUGGUCAUGGAAAACCAACAUACGUUGGCACAUUUGAAAGAUGGUCGAAUCAACCACUGUCCCUUCCUAAUACUAAAUGUCUCUCCAAAGUCAGCUUAUAUGUGCUGGUUGAAAAUAUGGGACGUUUAAAUUAUGGGCCAUAUAUCUUUGACAUGAAGGGUAUUCUAUCUUCUGUUUAUCUGGAUGGAAGAAUUCUCCGUGGAUGGAAAAUGUACUUGUUGCCUCUAAUCAACCUGAACGAGAAUCCGAAAGUCAAUCCCAUAAUUCAGGCUACAGAUUCUGGAUUCAUUACAAUGUCAACCCAUAAAAAGUUAAAACCGAAGUCUGCAACUGCUUCAAAUGAACCAGCAUUCUAUGCUGGAAAGUUUUCUAUCAGCAAACAAGACAAAAUAAAAGAUACGUUCAUAUCAUUGAGUGGUUGGGGUAAAGGAAUUGUGACUAUUAACAAUUUCAAUAUAGGAAGAUUUUGGCCGUUAAAGGGACCACAGUGCAACCUUUAUGUUCCUGCUCCUAUCCUUAAGCAUGGGGAGAACAUUGUGGUGAUAUUUGAGUUACAAGCGCCAAACCCUGAUCUUGUGGUACACUUGGUCGAUCAGCCAGACUUUACCUGUGGUCCAAGUAAAUCGAAUCUGCAUCAAUUGUAGUGCAAUUAUUAUAUGAGAUGAUCUGGGUUUUGCUCGAAAACUUGAAAAGGUUGGAACUCGACUGUUCUUGAUUUAGAAAUGCUAGCACAUCUGAAAUAUCUUCCAUCAUGUUCGUUAUACAGAGUUAAUGGAGACGCAAAUCAAAGCAAUGAAGCAUAAUACAAGGUUGUCUGUCCUGUAGAGUAAAGAAAGAAAGAUGUAUAGAUUGUUAUAAGUAUGAGUGACGAAAUUCUGAAACUAAAAGUGAGGAUGUUAAGCAAAUUGUUAGCUCUCGCAUAUGCGGAGGCCAUUCAUUCUAUAUUAGAUCUUGUUUUCCAGCGUCAA